AUGGCGACGGACGAUGCGACAUCAGGACGCAUCUACAUCAAAGAUCUGCCAGAGACUGGUUCUGAUUAUGAGGGCUGGCGCUUCACGUUGAAGAGUCAAAUCUUGCGUGUAGCGCCGGACCCAGUGGCAGCCAUGGCUUACAUCAGAGAGCUUGAUGAUGAAGCGGUUUCCUUUGGCGAUUUGGCGUCAAACUUGUCCGUAGACAUGAACAAAACAGACGUGAAUGUUUUCGCAGCGGUGGUUGCCGCAUGUCAGAAGGGCAAGAAAGGACCGGAGAUCCUCAAGCUGAUACAAUCACGUGCACAGUUUGGUUGUGGUCGUCAGGCUGUCCGCAUCGUUGAUCAGCGGCACUUGCAUGAGUCAACGCAUUUAGCCACGGAGGCUAACACCAAGAUCCAAGAGCUCAGUUGUUCUGGAUUAUCGGAGCUUGACAGCUACAUGGCAUCUUUUUCGUUGCUUCGUCACCAGAUGGGUUCCGGCGAGCAUAAGCUCACGAAUGCUGGGGGCAUUGCGCUUCUGAAGCGCAAACUCAAAGACAUCAAAGAACUGGAUGCCACUUUUGCCGUUUUCAAUGCCAGCAAUUCUGUGGAUUUAGACGCCUUGAUCUAUGCCAUCAACGGUUUGAUUGCACAUCACUCGGAAGAGAUAGAAAGGCGAAAAGCGCAGAAAAAGGCUGCAGCAGCCAAGGCCGCUGCUGCCGCGGCGGCAGGCGGCAAGUCUCAGGGAGGCAAGGGCAAGCACAAGAGCAAGAAAGGCAGUGACAAGCCGUGUGAACAUUGCCACAAGCCCGGACACACAGCGCAAAAGUGCUGGUUGAAUCCAAAAAGUUCCGCUUACAGGCCGGACUUCGCGGCCAAAGUCAAUGGCAGCAGUGCCUCUUCGUCCAAUGGUGGGCCGUCUGCGCCGCCUGGUUUGGGAGCUGCAUCCAUUGGGGCUCGGACUGGGCCUGCAGUUCCGACAGAUGUCCUCACCAAGGCGUUUUCGGAGUUCCUCACCAAGCGGUUCGGUGGUUCCGCAUGGUUUGCCGAUAUCGGGCCGAACGCACUUCAACAGUUUGCGGGCGCAGCGUGGGCUCUGGAUUCUGGGGCCAGUCAAUUCUGCAUCAUGGGCGAAAAUGCCGAUGAUGCCAUGUGGGAAACCGUGCAAAGUGCAGACUGUGACAUCGACACAGGGGCUGGGACGGCUCGGCCAACAGCAAUGGUAGACGCCAUGGUUCCGCAUCUAGGGCGUCGCUCGGCUAUGGUGAUGCCGGAGUCAAAAAUCAACAUGGCAUCGAUGGGCGAAACUUGCGCUGAGAUGGGGUAUCAUUUUUACUGGCCGGCGUGGUCGGAACAGCCGCAUUUCUGGCGUGAUGGUGGUUCCAACGAGGUGCCGCUCACCAUGGUCAAUCGAGUCCCAUUCUUGUUAAGCGCUGUCGAUGCUGGUCCUGCAAGCAUGCACGGGGAUGUGAGCGACACGGACUUGAACGACUUCUUCGCCAGCAUGUUCCGGGAGUUCUGCAUGACCCUCAAUGGGGCGGAACUCGCCAGUCUUUCGGUUCCCCUGGCGUUGGCAACGCAGACGCAACCCGCGGAUCAACAUUGUUUGGCUCACUUUCCGAAGGACCCCACUUGCGAAGUGUGCUUGCAAGCGAAGAUGUGCCGCGCGCCGGCGUCCCGCAAGAAACAAUCCGUGGAAGAUGACAAGCAGACAGCCCGAGUGCAUGGCGAACGCAUUCACUGUGAUCUUGUCGGCCCCACGCGCCCCAGCAUCAAUGACGAGGUGUAUGCCAUGAUUACUCAUGAUGAUGCUACGGGAUACCCUGCCGCACGUGCUUUGCGCACCAAGCAGGCCUCCGAAGCCGCUGCCGCUUUCGACGACAUGUCUGGAAACCAGUCGGUGUCAGCAGUCCGGACAGACAAUGGUGGUGAAUUCCAAGGCGAGUUUGCUGCCAAGCUCAAAGAACGGAAGGUCAGACAUGAACGCUCCUUGCCGCGUCGGCCGCAAACCAACUCUCGUGCUGAGCGUUUCCACCGCACAGUUGCAGAGGGCAUGGCUUGCCUAUUUGUUGCGUCUGGUGUGCCCUAUGUUUUUUGGACUUUCUGUCUCAUGGCUUUCCUCUUUGUCUACGCGCGCAGCCCUGGUGCCAAUGGAGCCGAGUCUCCUUACCAGCUCCGCUUCAAUCGCCCCUACGAUUUGAGCAAAUUGCGUCCCUUCGGCUCCGCUUGCUACUAUCUUUCUGAGGAGCAUGACAAGUUUGCAUCUCGUGGACGGCUUGGUGUUGUGUUGGGUUAUAGCCGGCUGCAGUCGUAUUACGUCUUGGAUUUCGAGCACUACGUCGAAACAAAGGGCGAAGCACGGAUUGUACACACACGUGAUGUGCGCUUUCCGCCUCAGUUGCGCUGGCCAUUUCAUGAGCUGGGCAUGGACAACCCUGAUGCAGCGCACUGGGCCCACCGUUUGUUCGAACCGGAGGUGUUGCAGCCCACGCCCGUUGCUGGCGAUGACGGCCGUUGCGUACUUUGCGGACUGUGGGCCACGGAUGCAGAGGUCCAUUGUCGGGGAUGUUUGCUUGGUGGUGGUCGUCGUCGGCAUGUGGAUGGUCCCGGCUGCCUUCGUGCUCGGUGUGGUGGUCAUUCAUUUCUUGACGUUCAGCACGCGGCCUCCAACAAGACAAGCGUGGACUACUCCCUGAGCUUGCCCGGCAGCCGUGAUGGGGGCGUCAUCGACUCCUCCAGUGAUGGACGUCAUCAUUCGGAUGCCCCGCUUCGCCGACCUCGCUGGCGGGUAGACUUGUUCACGGACGCGCAGGCGCCUUCUCGGCACAACUACGGCCCUCAGUUCGAUGACAGCAUGGAUAGUGGUCUUGUACCGCCUCGCCCUGAUUUGGCCCCCUUCGACUCCGAUGUCAGAUCGACGCGCAGACGAUGUCACAUCUUCAUCUGGGCGAUCACGGUCUCGCCGCGGGUCGCAUCCAUCGGAUGCAGAUUCGGAACGUGCUUCUCAAGGCCAACUUACAGCAAUCACAGUCGGACGAGCACCGAACGACGGCCAGACGGCAUACACAGUUCGGAUGCUGAUUCCGAGAGGUCGCAGCAGCCGAGCAAUGUUCUUGACAAUGGGGCCAUCUCCUCCAGAUUGGAACAGGAGCUGGACAAGUUGACAACUGAGCUCGGGAAAAUGUUCGCUUGUGUCACCAAAAUAGUCAAACGCAAGGAUCCAGAGUGGGAUACAAACGCCGCGCGUGCAGCCAUCCGCAAGGAGGCGGCAAACCACGCAUCGAAGCGGACUUGGGAUUCCGAAGCAUGUGAAUGGGAAAGUGCUGUGGCCAAGUACGGGCCUGACGUGGAGUACGUGCAGGCAAAUCUUAUCUUGGGGAUCAAGCACUACGAACUCGAUCAGUCCCAGCACCGGUUCAAAGCUCGCAUAGUUGCGCUCGGAGACAAUGUGCGUGACAUCUACGGCCGCCUUGUGGAGGAAGACCAAUUGCACGGUCGACCCAUUACACUUGAGGGAUCGCGGGCGCUGGAUUGCUACGCUGGUUUGCAACCCGACGGCGAUUGUCAGACUGCUGACGCUGAUGGUGCGUACUUGCAAGCUCGACUCAAAGGUCGUCCGAAGGUUAUUUGUUUGCCGAGAGAAUUUCGCACACAAGCAGAGCUGGAGAUGCGAUGUCCAGUGCACCUUUUGUACAUGGCCAUCUACGGGCUCACACGUUCAAACAGCGACUGGGAAGAUCAUGCUGACGAGCGGUUGUUGCUUAAGCAUUGGCUGCAAGCUCGUGACAUUGAGCGUCCGAUCUUCAAAAAGGAAUACAACGGACACAUUGUGGGCAUUGGCCGUUUUGUGGAUGAUUUCAAGUUGGCGGGGCACAAACCAGUGCUACCACACGCAUGGGCUGAGAUUUUCCAGUGCUUCGAUUUCGCAGACCCACCUCAACCCGUCAGCCGAUUUGUAGGUUCCGAAGAAAUACUGUCACGCGACCAUGCUGAUGUUGCCACGUUUCUUGUCAAGCAGGAUGCUUACAUCGAUACCUUCACGCGGAAGUAUUUGGAUGAGAUUGGGGCCUAUAGACUUCCACGAUACGACACACCAGCUGUGAAGCUCGCGGCCAGUGAUGUGUCCAGCAUGAAUGAACCAGGUCAGCUUGCCUCAAAUUGUGGGACGUACGUGGGGGCCGGAUUGUGGAUAGCUCGGAAUAGUCGUCCUGAGAUAUCUUUUGCUGUCGGAUGGUUAGGCCGGUACACUACAAAUUGGACCAAAAGACAGGAUGCGGCCUUGCAUCGUCUCAUGGGAUAUCUAGCAGCUACUCAGUCCUCCGCACUUCGUCUGGUUCUUAAUCCUGCUGAUGUUCAGCAACGCACUCUGAGACUAGUACUGUGGGUCGACUCUGACUGGGCGACAGAUCCUGAAACCAGGCGAUCGACGUCAGGAGCUGUUUUGCAACUCGUUGGGUCGCAUGGCACUCGCGCGACAUUUGCUUGGAGAUCGCAUCGACAAGGUGCAACUGCAUUGUCGGCGCCAGAUGCCGAAGUGACUGCUAUGGCUGAAGGUCUCAAGCGCCACGGGAUCUAUGCACAAGAUCUUUUCGAGUUUUUGUUGGGAUAUCGAAUUCCAUUAGACAUCAUGACCGAUUCAGCAACAGGCAUCGCAGCAAUCGAUGACGCAUAUGGUGUGCUCAAGUACAUGAAGCGAACACAAGGCGUGCCUUUGUCAUGGUUGCAUGAUGUCAGCAUUGAUCCCGACAACAACAUCAAGAAAACCAGCACUGACGAUAACCUCGCAGAUAUCAUGACGAAAGCAUUGGAGAAGAACAAAUUCCAGCAUUUUUCACGGCUUUUGGGAGUUCACCCGCAUGGUUGA